GUUAAUUUUUUUCUCUUGGUUUGGUGGAAGAAUAAGAAAUUACUCAUUUCGUUGUUCUACGCUUUUGAACGCGGCGUGAAAAUAAAUCAGUGAAAAGCAAAUUACGCGGUCGACUUCCUCAUUUUUUUAAAAACUGUGAAGUAAAUUUUCAUUACAUAUUACAUUCUUUUGAGGCGCAUGUCCAUCCAGAAUCUUAACACAUUCGACCCGUUUGCUGAUGCAACUAAGGGUGCAGAUGAUAAUGUCCAAGACGGCUUUGUGCAUAUAAGAAUUCAACAACGGAGUGGUCGUAAAACACUGACUACAGUGCAAGGAUUAUCAUCGGAAUAUGAUCUAAAGAAAAUCGUUCGAGCUUGUAAAAAAGAAUUCGCGUGUAAUGGUACUGUAAUCGAUCAUCCAGAAUACGGCGAAGUUCUUCAGUUACAAGGAGAUCAACGUGAAAAUAUAUGCCAGUGGUUGACGAAAACUGGUCUAGCUAAACCAGACCAACUCAAAGUUCACGGAUUCUAAGUCGAAAGAGUUAACAGCAGAGCAAAGGACGAGAUGUUUGUUUAUCCAUUGAAAUCAUUUUAACCAUAAAUUUUGUAUUUUAUGUUGAAUUGCUAUAAAUAAAAAAUGUUUUUUAAUUUUUCAAUUUCUCAUCAUUCUUCCUUAAAUCCGAUUUUAGUUGUGAAGUGUUUAUCGAUAAAUAGGUAGUGUUGAAAUUCAGUUGUAUACAUGUACAUUUUCACUUCCGCUAAUGUUAUUAGUAAUAUGAUGUAUGUCGUUUUGCUAACAUAUUGUACGAAAUUGUUUGCGUUUUUGAUAAUAAACAAAUUUUAAAUAUGAACAA